AUGGCCUCCAAGCUCGCUCCCAUGGCCUUCAGAAGCAGCAGCAGAGCUCUGCGCGUCCUCGCCAGACAACAACCCCGCCGCUCAUUCGCCGUCUCUUCCGUUUCCCGUAGCGACUCGCUCUUCGUCCACCGCGACUCACCAGAGAACAACCUCGAUGUUCCUUUCAAGUUCAACGCCCAAAAUGAGAAGCUCAUUGAGGAAGUCCUCAGCCGAUACCCUUCGCAAUACAAGAAGGCUGCCGUCAUGCCCCUUCUCGACCUCGGUCAGCGCCAACACGGUUUCUGCAGCAUCAGUGUCAUGAACGAGGUUGCCCGCAGAUUGGAAAUGCCUCCCAUGCGUGUCUACGAGGUUGCCACUUUCUACACCAUGUACAACAGAGAGCCCGUUGGUCGCUACCACGUCCAGUGCUGCACCACCACUCCCUGCCAACUUAGAGGAUCCGACGGUGUCAUGAAGGCCAUUGAGGAGGAGCUCAAGAUUCACCACGGCGAGACCACUGAGGACAAGCUUUUCACCUUUACCGAAGUCGAAUGCUUGGGUGCAUGCGCCAACGCCCCUAUGGUCCAGAUCAACGACGAUUACUACGAGGAUUUGACCCCCGAGACAACAAAAUCGCUGCUCAGAGCUCUUAGAGAAGCCGCACAGAAGGCCGGCGCAAGUGGACAAGCUUCCGGUCUUGCUGGCGAGGCUGGAAAGGCCGAGGGAGCUGGAGGCUCAGGUACCACAAUCUCCGAGCAAGGCAGAGGUUACGAGGCACAAGGCGUCAAGCUCCCUACCCCUGGUCCCCUCAGUGGCCGCAAGUCUUGCGAGCCUUCUCACGGCUUGACCAGCUUGACCAGCGAGAUGUGGGGCAACGAGAAGCUUAGAACCGACGGUGCUCUCGACUAG